GCGCUGACAGGGGCCCCGGGGAGUGAGAGACGCCUCUUGGCGGGAGCUGGCGGCUAGGCCGAGGCCGGGGCGGAGGAAAAGCGGGGAGCCGGCGCCGGGACCCCGGAGGAGGGCGUUCGGCGGCCCUGUCUCUUUAAGGUUCUCCAGGCUCCCGGGCGCUACCCGGAGGGACGGCCGGAGGCGCGGCCUGGCCUCUCGCACAGCCGCCGCGGCGCGCCUCGGGCUCGGCCGACCCGCCGGGGGACGAGGGGCAGGCGGCACUGCGGCCCACGCUUCCUGGGAGUUACUAAUUGUCUCCUUUGAAGAAACAUGAAGUCACACUAUGUUGUUAUGCUUGCUCUAGUCAUCUUGAUGUUCCUGACCUGGCUCCCUGUGUCACUGAGCUGUAACAAAGCACUCUGUGCUAGUGAUGUGAGCAAAUGCCUCAUUCAGGAGCUCUGCCAGUGCCGGCCAGGUGAGGGCAAUUGUUCCUGCUGUAAGGAGUGCAUGCUGUGUCUGGGGGCCCUUUGGGACGAGUGCUGUGACUGUGUUGGUAUGUGUAAUCCUCGAAAUUACAGUGACACACCUCCAACUUCAAAGAGCACAGUGGAGGAGCUGCAUGAGCCCAUCCCUUCUCUCUUCCGGGCUCUCACGGAAGGAGACACUCAGUUGAAUUGGAACAUCGUUUCCUUCCCUGUUGCAGAAGAACUAUCACAUCAUGAGAAUCUGGUUUCAUUUUUAGAAACUGUGAACCAGCCACACCACCAAAAUGUGUCGGUUCCCAGUAAUAAUGUUCAUGCGCCUUAUUCCAGUGACAAAGAACACAUGUGCACUGUGGUUUAUUUUGAUGACUGCAUGUCCAUCCAUCAGUGUAAAAUAUCCUGUGAGUCUAUGGGAGCAUCCAAAUACCGCUGGUUUCAUAAUGCCUGCUGUGAGUGCAUUGGUCCAGAGUGUAUUGACUAUGGUAGUAAAACUGUCAAAUGUAUGAACUGCAUGUUCUGAAGAAGGAAAAGAAAUGCAACCAAAGCAAUUUAGUCAAAAUGAAGGUAUGGAAAGUUUUUCAGUGAGUCUGUUGAUUGCAUCAGAAUGCAGCAAAUUAAGAAGAUGGAAAGAAUUUGGAAUGAGUUGCUUUUAAAGUGAUGACAUAUCCAGUAAUGUUUAACACAUUAACAUUAUGUGAUUAUAACUUCUCUUAUUGAUUUCACUGCUCACUACCAAUAUGCCCUUUCCUUUGAAUACACAUACAGCUUUGGUCAUAUGAGAAGCAGGUGCACAGAGCAUUCCUUGAAAGGUCUGAGGUUUUUAACAUAAAGCCUAAUGCUGUUUUCUUUUAGCAUUCCAAAAGCUUUUUGUUUUGAAAAUAUUAGGAGAAGCAUGUUAAUGUGGAUUACGAUUUCUUCACAUGCUACUCCUCGGACACUGAGUUUUUAUGGUUGCACACCAUUCUUCACUGUGCCUUGUAUUUAUUUUAUAAAUAGAGUAGAUAUUCAAAUAUAUCACUAUAAGGACGCAGAUAAUCACCAAGGAAAGCUUGAUUUCAAACCUUUUAAUGUUGGUUUUAGAAAAUAAUGCUUACUAUGUUUCAGAAUUGAGAAGUCUUACGAGUGGUAUCCAUCCUGUAAUACACAUGUUGACAAAGCUUUAGGGAAAAUUCCUCAUCCUCUUGCAUUCCUCUCCCCAGAGUGCUGACAUUGGCAGUGAUGAUGAAUCUUUACCCCUUUGGAACUGCAUUAAAUACACCACUAGGGCAAAUAGCAAGUUAAUGCAUUUCUGUGACCAACUUAAAGAGCACUCAGGUGGAGAAAAACUGACAAAUGAGAGACACUCAGAGCAGCAGGGAGAUAGCUUAUCCCCUCGUGGCUGAGCGGUGAGGUUGUGCUGGAAGUGAGACAGCAGCGUCUCCAGUGGACGAGGGCCCUCAAGGACGUGAGGAAGAGAAUUUACAGGUAUGAACAGGGAAGGGUGAAAUUGCUCAGACUUAUAACAGGAAACAGACUUAACACUAUCUACGUUCAUUACCUUUGUUACUUUGCAAUCUUUUACUUGUUAAGUUUAUGUCUGAUCUAAUGUUCUUAUUAAACAAGUAUAAUCAUAUUGUGGGGGUUAAGAUUAUAAAAUGUAAAAAUUUCUGUUCAAGAUGAUGCUUGUUCCAGAUACUCUACAAAAUAGUCAGCUUUUUAUAUGUUUCAUUAAAGAUAUGCUUAAAUACAUAGUAAUACCAAUUUUCAAGCGUGAAUUUAAAACAAAUAUUUAUAUUACAGAGACUCUUAACUUUAUAGAAUUACUAAUUUCUCCAGUGCAUAUCUGAAUUACAAGUAACUUUCUAGGAAUACCGCUUUAUACAUUUACAUAUUUUAGUAUAUAAAAAUAGUGCUCUUGGAUACAUUUUGUAUUGUUCAUUAUCUGAACAGUGGUUAGUUAAAAGAUCAUUUGUAAUGUUAUGAUUAACUACUAUAAAAUGUAAAGCCUUGAUACCUUUUCUGUUCUUGCAGAUAACUCUAAUGAAUAUUCAAGGUACUUUAGCCUUUAAAAAAGUUGAGAUGUAGCUCAUAGAUGUAUUUUUUUUUUGGUAGGAAAAUGUUGGAGUAUCAUUUUCUUACUUUUUACUUAGAAUGCCUCUGUUUAAAAGUGCCUUAGAAACGUUUUCAUUCCCCUUCUUCAUUAAUACCCAUAAAGCUGAGAGUUUUCUUGAACUUUAUAGAAAGCAAACUUUAAAGGAAUCUAUUUAUACCCAGUUGCUUGAUUUCAGCUGUGCUUUUCAGAGUCAUUUCCUACCUACGAGUGGAGGUAUACUUUUGUUUUCAUUGCCAACAUGCUUAAUGUUUUCUUGAAGAUGACAACAAACAUUUUUAAACUGCAUUUAUCAUCUUUUUUUAGGACUGAUUUUUCUUACCUCUAUUUCUAACAUUAGAAAUUAUCCCUGAAUAUUGUAAUGGUCUUUUAUAUUCAAAUUUUGCUUAAUUUUGAUGUUUGGAGGGGUUGAAGGAAAGAGUUUACCUAAAAAAUUUUAUUUCUAGUUUUAUAAUGUAUUUCAGGUUUUGAAUACAAUAUUUUCCCAAAUUGAAAGUAUUAUGUUUGAAAAGCCAAUAGCCUUGCUAAAAUUUUGACACUAUUACCAUCCUAAGCAUAUUUCUUUCUUUCUUUUUUUUUUUUGGAGACAGAGUCUCAAGCUGUCGCCCUAGGCAGAGUACCGUAGCGUCACAGCUCACAGCAACCUCAAACUCUUGGGCGAAGCGAUUCUCUUCCUCAGCCUCCCUAGUAGCUGGGACUAGAAGCACCCACCACAACACCCAACUAUUUUUUUGUUGUUGUUGCAGUUGUCAUUGUUGUUUUUUUAGCUGGCCUGGGCUGGGUUCGAACCCGCCACCCUUGGUGUAUGUGUCUGGUACCCUGCCGACUGAGCUGUGGGCGCCGCCAGCAUAUUUGUUUCUAUAUUGAAGCUUUGGUAAAAUUUGUUUUGUUAAUCAAAAAUUAAGUACCUUUUUUAUUACCAGAUUCCAAAAAAAAAAAAAAAUCUAGAUUCUAACUUGAUAAGUAUGAUAAAAGCCAUUAUAAAAAGUCCUCUCCUAUACUAAGACAUGUGCUUGCUAGCAGGUUUUUCUGUUGCUAUUUUUCUCCCAUAACAUUUAAUUACUACAAAAACUAUACUUACAGUAAUGGUGCCAAAUCAAAUGGUAAAAUCGAGUUUUUGUUUAGAUAGGGUGGUAUGAAAGAGAGGUCUUCAUUUAGAAACAUGAUCCCUAAAUUUCAGAAAACAAAAUUAAGAUGUUACAAUAUCUGAACAAUUAUUUAUGAAUCAGAGUACAUCAAAUGGAAAAAAGAAACUAAAACUUUUCUGAAAAAUCAGAUAAAAACAAGCCACGUUAAAAAUUUUUUUUUUUUUUUGUAUGGGGCGGCACCUGUGGCUCAAGGAGUAGGGCGCCGGUCCCAUAUGCCGGAGGUGGUGGGUUCAAACCCAGCCCCGGCCGAAAAAAAAAAAAAAAAAAAAUUUUUUUGUAUGAAACCUGUUUGAGGAUUUUUAAAAUCUAUUUUGCAGUCCCAAGAGUCUAUGUUUAUUGUAUUUUACAUGAUCUAUAACAUAUAAAAUUGUGUAUUUUUUCUUUAAUCAUCCCUGUAAACAAAAAAUAUUUUAAUAAAAAAUUGAAAUGAG